AUGCAGGAAAUGCGUCAUAAGGGACCAACAUUCAAACACUGCAAGUCAGUAAUCUCCACCAAAAAACGUCUCGAUCGAUGGUAUACAACCACCAUCUCAAUCCAUCGACCCCAUCGAGAUAUACCACCACGUGCUAUCUAUCCCAACGAUAUUUCUGUACCCGGAAAUCACUCACACGAGCUAACCCCCCGCGGAACUCUAAUCAACUUCUCCUCUCUAGCAUCAAACUCAGUACACUCCUCAUGCCUCACAUGACAGUAACAGCAAAAGCAUCGACAUGGCAACCGACGACGGCGUGGAAAUAUAAAAGUACAAACUCGACGUCGAAAAGACAUCGUUGAGGAACCGGGUACUCUCCAACGUCGCCGUCCCCAGACCCGGGUACAGCCAAUUCGUGGUACUUUUCCCCAACAAACAUCAUGAUGCCGACCGGGUAGUCGUUGAACUCUACCUUCCAGUAGUCUGCGGCCGAGUCCCCAUCUCGAUCGCGAAGCCCAUGUGGUCCUCGUACCUGCAUCGUGUGCCAGGUAUGUAUACACAGUGAGCGUGUGCGUGGCGAACGAAACCAUAAAACGUCCCCCGGCUACCCAUGCACCAUCCACCACGAAAUCGCCUUCUCCUGCCUCAUUCCAACCCUCUCGUGAACGUUUUGACCCCCCAAUCUCCGUUUUAUAGUGAUGCCAUGCGGAAAUCGCUUUUUUUUUUUGCGCUUCUACCCACAAAAGUCUUCGUAGACGCAGUCGUUGUACAGGUUUAUGUACCCGUUCCAGUGACGGGCCUGUACAAGCACUACA